UACCUACGUAUUCAAUCAAAGUGCAAUCCUUUUGACGAGAUGAAGAAUUACUCGGUGCUCUCCAUUACCAUUACCAAUACCAAUUAUCAAGAUAACAUUCGUGCGCCAUUACCCAGCUUCUAAAACUCAAUACCCACCUCACAAUCUUCCUAAUUCAACAUCACCAUAAUAUUCUUCAAUCUUUUAGGGUUUUCCUAUUCAGAUCUUGAUUGUAUUCGCAAUUCCCUAUAAUAGCAUUAUCGAUUUUCAUAUAGAUAUGCAAACUGAAGCCACGGUGGGGGUUGUAGAAGGCGGUGGUCCGGCGAGGAAACUGGUGGCGCACCACCAGAGGCCGGUGCAGCAACAGCAGUCGCAGGUGGGGACGGUUUCUCAACUUAUUGCAGGUGGGGUUGCUGGUGCUGUUAGCAAGACUUGUACUGCUCCUCUCGCUAGACUCACUAUCCUCUUUCAGGUGCAGGGCAUGCACUCUGACGCUUCAACUUUACGAAAGACAACAAUAUGGCGUGAAGCUUCGCGUAUAGUUAACGAAGAAGGGUUCCGUGCAUUCUGGAAGGGGAAUUUAGUUACAAUCGCUCAUCGUCUUCCUUACUCGUCCAUUAGUUUCUACGCUUUUGAACGCUACAAGAAUAUUUUACAGCUGCUAAUGGGGGUGGAGAAUCACGGGACUAAUAUAAGCACCGACUUGUUCAUACGGCUAGCAGGCGGUGGCUUAGCGGGUAUCACCGCUGCUUCGGUUACAUAUCCGUUGGAUCUUGUAAGAACUCGGCUUUCAGCACAGAGGAAUGUUAUAUAUUAUAGAGGUAUAUGGCAUGCUUUACGCACCAUCAGCAGGGAAGAAGGCGUUCUCGGCCUCUAUAAAGGACUUGGUGCUUGUCUACUGGGUGUUGGGCCGAACCUGGCGAUUAGCUUUUCGGUUUACGACACAACAAGAUCUUAUUGGCAGUUGCAUAGACCGCAAGAUUCGACUGUCCUCGUCAGCUUGGCUUGUGGCAGUCUUUCAGGCAUUGCAUCAUCAACAGUGACAUUUCCUCUGGAUCUGGUGAGGCGGCGGAUGCAGUUGGAAGGAGCAGGUGGGCGGGCCCGUGUGUAUAAUACGGGCAUUUUGGGUACGUUCGGUCAAAUAAUAAAAGCGGAAGGGGUGCGCGGUAUAUACCGUGGAAUUUUGCCGGAAUAUUACAAAGUGGUUCCCAGCAUUGGGAUUGUAUUCAUGACCUAUGAGAAACUGAAGCAGGUGUUGUCAAAGUUAGACUCUUGCAGAUGACUUGCACAAGGGCAUUUUAGUCAUAUAGACACCAGGGGAUAUAACCUCAUUAGUUAUAAUCUUUCUUUAAAUUAGAAAUCUUGUUUUUGUCAUAUCAAAAUAUAGUUGGUCCAUUUGUGAGGGGCUAAUUCUUUUUCUUUUUGUUUUUUUUUAAUGAGGUACGUUUAGAAAAAAGGAAAUUUGCAUCUAUAGUUAAAAAUUUUAUUUGAAGAGAAGUUGAGAAAUUAUUUGAAAUA